CAUGGUUGGGGAUCUGAAACACGGCCGCACGGUUCACUCCCUCGCCAAACUGCUGACUCAGUACCGCAUCACGCUGCGCUACGUCGCUCCCAAGAACCUCCACAUGCCGGCGGAGAUCAUCAGCUACGUGGCCUCAAAGGGCAUCAGACAGGAGGAGUUUGAGAGCAUCGAGGAAGCUCUGCCUGAGACCGACGUCCUCUACAUGACGAGGAUCCAGAGGGAGAGGUUCGCUUCUGAGGAAGACUACAAGGCUUGUUUUGGCCAGUUCAUCCUCACCCCUCACAUCAUGACUGUAGCCAAGAAGAAGAUGGUGGUCAUGCAUCCGCUGCCCAGAGUCAAUGAAAUUAG